AUGGCCCCUAUCGCGAUAACUCCUCCGGCCGUCGAGUCGAAACGACCGACCCUUCACCGUGUUGACACUGCCAACUUGGGCACCAAGAGAAAGAUCAUCUGCUUCUCAGACUUCGAUGGCACGAUUUUUCUACAAGAUACGGGCCACCAGCUCUUCGACAACUUCGGCUGUGGGCCUGAACGACGAGCCGAGCUCGCAAAAGAACUCGAAGAGGGCACUCGUAGCUUCAAAGAGGUCUCCGACGAAUUGUACGCCUCCCUCGACGUCCCCUUCGAGUCCGUCUUCGACGUGAUGAAGUCCGCCCUCGAGAUCGACCCCGACUUCCGCACCUUCCACGAAUUCUGCGUCAACAACGACAUCCCCUUCAACGUCAUCUCCGCGGGCCUCAAACCUGUCCUCCGCCGCGUUCUCGACCACUUCAUCGGCGCCGACAUGAGCGCGCACAUCGACAUCGUCGCCAACGACGCCAAAGUCGACUCAACCACCAACAAAUGGGAAGCCGUCUGGCUGCACGCCGACACGGACCUGGGCCACGACAAAGCCCAGUCCCUCCAAGACUACAAGACCACCGCGGCCAUGGAGUCGGACAACGGCACGGUGCCCCUCAUCGUCUUCAUCGGCGACGGCGUCUCCGACCUGCCCGCCGCGCGGGAGUCCGACGUGCUAUUCGCCCGCCGCGGCCUCAAGCUCGAGGAAUACUGCGUCGACAACAACAUCAGCUACAUCCCCUUCGACACCUUCGCCGACAUCCAGCGCGAGGUCAUCCAACUGGCCCGCGUCGACGACCAGAAGACACAGGGCCGCGGCAUGCCCGCCCGCUACAACCCGCGCGCCAACAUGUGGCGUCGCGUCAGCAGCAAGGCGGCCGUCCCCGUCUUCUCGGCUUUUACUCCGAGCCGCGAGGAGAAGGCUUUUAUCUGGCCCGAGGCCUUCACUGAGCCGGUUGUGGAGUCCAAAGGCGCGACGACGGCGCUUGCGGCGCCCCCGGCUUGA